CGCCUGAACAUCAGGACGACCUCAGCUAAAGAGACUAUUAGCAUAAGUAUAAUAUCAACAUAUCCAGAAAAUUCACCCGUUAUGAUCACAACAGCAACGGAUAUAAAGAUUGUAGAUGAUACUCUGACAGACGAAGCAAAGGAUAUGCAUAAACUCACAAAAGGGAUCGAGUCGGUGCGUUUAUCGUCUUCCGCUUCCGAUGGAGAUUUGAAUCGAUCAACAGUUUCGACGUUUUCAGCCGAUAAAGAUAACCAUAGCAAUAGCAGUAGCUUACAAAAAGCAUAUAAAGCUCUUUACGAAGUAAUUCAGUUCCCAUUUCUUUAUAAGGAUUGGAUUUCUCAACUCAAUAUUGAAUGUCCAAAGGGCGUUCUUUUAUACGGCCCACCUGGUGUUGGCAAAACAUAUCUCGUAACAUCGCUGACCAAAGAAUGUCAUGGGAAACUAUUCAUCAUACAAGGCCCAGAAUUAUAUGGAUCCUUUAUUGGUGAAAGUGAAGAGAGACUACGAAAGAAAUUUACCGAGGCAAGAGACUAUGCGCUAGAAAACCAAGAAACACCCGUUAUUUUGUUCAUUGAUGAAAUUGAUGCUUUAACACCAAAACGAGAUAAUGCUCAAUCACAAGAGAAUAGAAUGGUAGCUCAACUUUUGACUUUGAUGGACGGUAUGCAGUCAAGAGGGAAGUUGAUUGUCAUAGGUGCGACUAAUCGGCCUAAUUCCAUUGAUCCAGCAUUACGACGACCUGGAAGAUUUGACAGAGAAAUUCAUAUGGAACCACCGCAUGCAGAUGACAGAGCUGCUUUGAUUAAAGCACAGUUUGACACAAUACCAGUGGAUUCCUCGGUAGAUAUUGAGUCAUUGUCCUCAAUGACAACUGGGUUUGUUGCAGCUGAUAUCAACGCAUUAGGCCGAGAAGCUGCUAUGGCUGCAAUACAAAGGACUAUCCAUCAACCAGAACAAGAUGUGCGCGUUACUAUGGCAGAUUUCAAAUCAGCAUUAGCAGUUGUCGGACCAUCUAUGCAAAGAGGUUUCCAAGUACAAGUUGAGAAAACAAGAUGGGAAGAUGUAGGAGGUUUAGAUGAAGUGAAAAAGGUGAAUUAUAAUAAUGACAUUAACGAAGCGAGAAUGAAAGCGCUGAUACAAAAACUAUCUGAUCUAUGUCAACAGAAAUUGAAGCAAGCUGUUGAAUGGCCACUUAUCUAUAAAGAAUCGUUCAAAAGGCUCGGUUUGAAACCGCCUAGAGGCAUUCUGCUCUAUGGUCCACCUGGUUGUAGCAAAACCACACUUGUGAAAGUGAUUGCUUCCUCCAUCAAUGUUACUUUUCUAUCUAUCAAUGGUGCACAACUCUACUCACCCUUCGUAGGAGACAGUGAAAAAAUAAUUCGUACAACUUUUCAAAAAGCGAGAGCAUCAGCACCAUCGAUUAUAUUUUUGGAUGAAACAGAAGCUAUUGUUGGUAAAAGAAACAUGGGGAACGGUGGUUCAUCUGGCGGUGAUAGCGUCCAAGAAAGAGUGCUUUCAACUCUUCUGAAUGAAAUGGAUGGUGUGGAAAGCGCUACUUCCGUAUUGGUCAUAGGUGCAACAAACAGACCGGAUAUGUUGGACGCUGCUUUAAUGAGGCCGGGUCGAUUCGACCAAGCAAUUUAUGUUGCUCCACCCGACGAACUGGCAAGAUUAAAUAUUUUGAGCAUUCAUACAAAGAGGAUGCCGUUAGCAGCUGAUGUUGACCUUGCAGAUAUAGCUAAACGAACAAACUAUUACACAGGUGCUGAUCUACAGAAUUUGUGUAGAGAGGCGGCUAUGGAGGCGUUGAGACAGACUCAGCAUUUAUCUGUAGAAAAUAGUGAUAGGACUAUGACAGUAACAAUGUCGGAUUUUAACAGUUCGAUAGCUACAAUUCCUGCCUCUCUUAACGAGGAGUUAGUGAAAAUGUAUAGUAAAAACCCUCACGGUUCUAAAGAGCAGUAAUAAUCAAAUCAAUAUGCUUUUGGAUGAAGGGGUUCUCCUACAUAUUCUAAACAAUAAUGGGCAUUUCCAUUUAAAGAUUUGUCAUGAGGCGACUUAAAAAACCGAGUAUAAUUUCUAUGGCAUUGUGGAGACGGUUUUUACAUCUCUUCAAGAGAAAAAGUAACAAUUGGGCGAAUUGCACCACUGUAUUUCCUGUUCUUUCUAUCAGGCAGUGAUAUAGUUGUCGAUUGAGCAAAAGAAAUAUAAACAAGACAAAUUUUUAAGUAUUAUAAGCAAUCCUUAUUGGGAAUAUGAGCAAGAUAGAAAAAGAAAAAUAAUGAUUCCCGUGAAUCUACUGCUGCUGCACUUAAACUAUGAUCAUGGAAUGGCUUACGACCGAGUUCACCAUUAACAUUUCACUUUUCUAUUGUAUCGCUUCGGUUUUCCAUCUCCCCUUUUGUCGAAUUUAAUUUCAAAACGACAAUUCCCGUCUUGAUUGGCGAGUUUUAGG